CCCGACAGCCCCGGGGGCGGCCCGCAGCCGCCCGCAGGCCCGAAACGCGCUUCCAGAAGAGGGGAGCUAGCAGGAUGGAAUGAUAGCCGGGGGACAGAGGUGGCACUGGACAGAGCAGAACGGAGGUCCUACAGGGAAUACCGGCCGUACGAGACCGAGAGGCAGGGGGGCGCCGCAGCCGAGAAGUUUACAGAUGACAAGCCAGCUGACAGGUUUGAUCGGGACAGACCGCUGAGAGGACGUGGCGGCCCGAGAGGGGGGAUGCGAGGCAGAGGCAGAGGUGGUCCUGGGAACAGAGCUUUUGACUCUUUCGACCAGAGAGGAAGACGAGAAUUUGACAGAUACGGUGGGAACGAGAGAAUAGCAAUCAGAAAUGAAGACAACACGGGUGGAUGUGGAGGUCGCCCCUGGGGAGCAGGUAAAGAUAGCAGCGAUGGGGAGCAGACUGCACCGAUGGAGGACGCCACCGCGGUGGACGAGUCCCAGGGCACCCUGGAAGAGGAGUCUCCAGCCAAAGUUCCUGAGCUGGAGGUAGAAGAAGAAACACAAGUCCAAGAGAUGACCUUGGAUGAGUGGAAAAAUCUCCAAGAACAGACCAGACCAAAGCCUGAGUUUAACAUCCGGAAACCAGAGUCCACUGUCCCUUCCAAAGCAGUGGUGAUUCACAAGUCAAAAUAUAGAGAUGAUAUGGUAAAGGAUGACUGUGAGGACGAUGCCCAUGUGUUCCGAAAGGCCGCCAAUGACAUCACGUCCCAGCUAGAAAUCAACUUUGGUAACCUCCCUCGUCCCGGGCGCGGAGCCAGAGGUGGCCCUCGGGGAGGCCGGGGGCGGAUCAGACGGGCGGAGCACUACGGGCCCCGAGCAGAAGUGGUGACACAAGACGUUGCUCCCAACCCGGAUGACCCUGAAGACUUUCCCGCUCUGGCUUGAGAGCCGGAUCCCUGGCAGCCUGGAACAGCGUUGGCACGGCCUGGAACGGCAUUGGCACACCUAUGAAGAGACUUUUCUUGCCAUGGGAAGAGAGUCAGACUCUAAGAACAAUAGAUGUUGCUUUUCCCGUGUCGUGUGAA